CGCGGACCUGGUGACGAAAACAGCGACAAUCACAGUGACGGCUCCAGGGCCUCCGGGUCGGGGCGGCGGCGGUUCGGCUUCACUUGAGCCGCCUGCUAGCCCCGCGCCCCACUCCACCCCACGGGCGGGGGACGGGCCGGAGCGAUUGGGUGGGCCCGGGAGCGGAGUUGUAGGAUCCAAGGACGACUCUUGUUCUUUCUCCAAAUUGCUUAAUGGGAGGCAUUAUGGCCCCCAAAGACAUAAUGACAAAUACUCAUGCUAAAUCCAUCCUCAAUUCAAUGAACUCCCUCAGGAAAAGCAACACCCUCUGUGAUGUGACAUUGAGAGUAGAGCAAAAAGACUUCCCUGCCCAUCGGAUUGUGCUGGCUGCUUGUAGUGAUUACUUCUGUGCCAUGUUCACUAGUGAGCUUUCUGAGAAGGGGAAGCCUUAUGUUGAUAUCCAGGGUUUAACUGCUUCUACCAUGGAAAUACUCUUGGACUUCGUGUACACAGAAACAGUGCAUGUGACGGUGGAGAAUGUACAAGAGCUGCUCCCUGCAGCCUGUCUGCUUCAACUGAAAGGUGUGAAGCAAGCCUGCUGUGAGUUCUUAGAAAGUCAGUUGGACCCUUCAAAUUGCCUGGGUAUCAGAGAUUUUGCUGAAACUCACAAUUGUGUUGACUUGAUGCAAGCAGCUGAGGUCUUUAGCCAGAAGCAUUUCCCCGAAGUGGUACAGCAUGAAGAAUUCAUUCUUCUAAGUCAAGGAGAGGUGGAAAAGCUAAUCAAGUGUGAUGAAAUCCAGGUGGAUUCUGAAGAGCCAGUCUUUGAGGCGGUCAUCAACUGGGUGAAGCACAGCAAGAAGGAACGAGAAGAAUCUUUGCCUGAUCUGCUGCAGUAUGUCAGGAUGCCCCUGCUGACCCCCAGGUAUAUCACAGAUGUGAUAGAUGCUGAGCCUUUCAUCCGCUGUAGUUUACAGUGCAGAGACCUAGUUGAUGAAGCAAAGAAGUUUCAUCUGAGGCCUGAACUUCGGAGUCAGAUGCAGGGACCCAGGACAAGGGCUCGUCUAGGAGCCAAUGAAGUGCUCCUGGUGGUCGGGGGCUUUGGAAGCCAGCAGUCUCCCAUCGAUGUGGUAGAGAAAUAUGACCCCAAGACUCAGGAGUGGAGCUUUUUGCCAAGCAUCACACGUAAGAGACGUUAUGUGGCCUCGGUCUCCCUACAUGACCGGAUCUACGUAAUUGGUGGCUAUGAUGGCCGUUCCCGCCUCAGUUCAGUGGAAUGUCUAGACUACACAGCAGAUGAGGAUGGGGUCUGGUAUUCUGUGGCUCCUAUGAAUGUCCGACGAGGCCUUGCUGGAGCCACCACCCUGGGAGAUAUGAUCUAUGUCUCUGGAGGCUUUGAUGGAAGCAGGCGUCAUACCAGUAUGGAGCGAUAUGACCCAAACAUUGAUCAGUGGAGCAUGCUGGGAGAUAUGCAGACAGCCCGGGAAGGCGCCGGACUGGUGGUGGCCAGUGGGGUGAUCUACUGUCUUGGAGGAUAUGAUGGCUUGAAUAUCUUAAAUUCAGUUGAGAAAUAUGAUCCCCAUACAGGACACUGGACUAAUGUUACACCGAUGGCCAUCAAGCGCUCUGGUGCAGGGGUAGCUCUGCUGAAUGACCAUAUUUAUGUGGUGGGGGGAUUUGAUGGUACAGCCCACCUUUCUUCUGUUGAAGCAUACAACAUUCGCACUGAUUCCUGGACUACUGUCACUAGUAUGACCACCCCACGAUGCUAUGUAGGGGCCACAGUGCUUCGGGGGAGACUCUAUGCAAUUGCAGGAUAUGAUGGGAAUUCCCUGCUGAGUAGCAUUGAAUGCUAUGACCCUAUCAUUGACAGCUGGGAAGUCAUAACAUCCAUGGGAACCCAGCGGUGUGAUGCUGGCGUGUGCGUUCUCCGAGAGAAGUGACCAUUGCUGGAGCAUCAGCCAGAGCUAGUGGCCAGUCCAAAGGACUGUUCGCGGUAGAAUCAAGGAUCCUUUCCAGAAUGUCUGUUUCUCACAGGGUGAUUAUAGGCACCAGUAUGGUGAUGAUUGUACUUAUUUGAUACACACUCCUCCUGAGGAUGUUAGUUGUCCCUGAGAAGGGUGGGUAACAGACACUCCAGGAAAGAGAAUGCACAUUGAAUGGAGGUGGAAGUCCAGGAUCAUCUCUCCUCUGUGGUCUGGGGAGCACUUUCUCUUGUCAUGUGCUUAGGAGAAUAUAUAUAUAUAUGUGUGUAUGUUGUGCCUCAUGUAUUGCAGAGAACUAAGGUAAGUAUGGCUUACUAGGUGUGUGCAUCCAGCCUAGAUGAUUGGAAGGAUACCAACUUGAGUAAGCUUGGUACACUCCAAGUCUUUUUUUUUUUCCCCCGGGAACAAAUAUCUUUUUUAGUCUACAGUUAGCUAGGGGUAACACAGUUCCAUUCUGGAGGGGAAGAAAGGGGGAGGUCCUAUCAAAACUUUGGGUAUCAUGAGGAGAGAUUCAUCUGACACGCCUUCAGGGGGACAGGGUUGGUAUCUGAGGUUAGAGUAAGUGAAGUGGAACACCACUGACGUGUCACCUGGGAGACUGAGAAGGGUGUAUUAUUUGAAGGAUCUUUUAAUUUCCCAAGGUCUUUCCAAAGUAGGGUGUUACACAUCUUGGCACUGGAGACCAUGGGAAAGAAUAACAGAGUGAGCAGAUGUUGGGAUGAGAGAAGAUGGUAUAAUAUGAGAGUUCAGUACGCCUGGGGAGAAACUAAAAGUACCUGUGAUUUUACAAUCGUCUUAAUCCCGGCCAGGCUUUGCUAGCUGUGGCAAGGUUUGCCUUGAAUGGGUGAGAGACCAUUCUUCUUUGUUGCAUCAAAUACUACUACACUAUUACACUUCCAGACUAUUUAUUUUGGGAUGGGGUCGUGGUGGCAGCAGCCUAGUAGUUCAGCUACCUGACUACUGCCCUGUUCUCUGACGGGCGCACUUCUGACAAGGAGUGGUUUUUACUGCUGUGUUUGGUACACUUAGUCCUUUUCCUCCUGUAAGGUUCCCUUACCUGUCCUUAGGGAGGAUUUUAUUCAUGCCGGUACAAUCAGUUAUUAUCCCAGAGUAAUCAGGGAGAACCAAAACUCUUUUCUUACUUCCAGUACCUCUGCUGUCACCAUUUCUAAGACACCAUUCAAGGCUCCUGUGUGUUGUGGAAUGAAAUUUUUGCUUUAUGGGUAUUGGGCUUGUGGGAUAAUAACCUAAACAAGGAUGCACUUUCCCUUGCUCAGAAAUGCCAUUUUUCCCCUUUCUCUGAGUUGUGCUGACCCACAGAGUUAAUUUCCUUUAUAUUUUUUUAAGAAAAUAUUAAAAAUACCUGUCUGAAAAGUCUAGGAGA